AUGUCGUCGUCUUCUACAACCACACCGGCCAAGCACGACUGGGAGCGUCGGGUAUGGGAGGCUAAGCCCCCGAAAAGUGAUAUCAAUGCUCUGAUUAUGCACUACUUCAAUGUAGAGGGCUACCCCAAGGCGGCUGCCAAUUUUGCAAGGGAGGCCAACCUUCCGGACCGAGAUGAAGAGGAUUUCCUGCAGGCUCGGUGGGAUAUUCGGGACCAUAUCUACAAUGGUAGGUUUGAGGCUGCCAUUGAGGCCCUUAAUGAUAUCAACCCUUCGAUUCUCGAGGAAGACGAGGGCCUCCACUUUUUGCUGCUCCGGCUCCAGCUUAUCGAGCUGAUCCGGUCAUGUAGCGCGCCUGACGGUGACGUCUCGCAAGCGAUACAGUUCGCUACGGAACACUUGGGCCCCCGUGCACCGGCCAACCCUCAGUUCCUGGAAGACCUGGAGCUGACGAUGGCUCUUCUCAUGAUCCCCCACGACUCUCUGGAGCCGCAGCUGGCUGCACUCCUCGACCCAGCUCUUCGUCAAGACGCUGCCGAAAAAGUCAACAGUGCCAUCAUGGCCAACCGCUCCCUGCAGACAGCGUCGGGUCUUCGUACGCUUCUCAGGAUGCGAUGCUACACCGAGAACCGAGCCCGUGAAUACGGCAUACCUAUCCCACCUAAGCUCGAUAUCGGCUUGCGCAGUGAAGACAAUGAUGGUUCCAACAAUGACACACCUGAAGUUGUGAUGACGGUCUAA